AUGGCGCUCGAGGAUCGCGAUGACUGCGGCGCAGUCCAGAGUGUCUUCAUCCGGCUUGUACUCGGGCCUUAUAUGAUGCACUUCAAGUCUGCCGGGUACAUGAGAGAAUCUACUUUGGACAUAUUAGACAGGAAAGUCUGUAAGGAAACACUGCACAGUACUGCCCAGCGCCCAUCCGUCCGUGAAGCUAUUGGCACCGACAUUCGCUUCUGGGCUGACCUCAGUGCUCUACUGCGAGCUGCCAUCCCAAGUCUAGAACGGCGAAGCUUUACCAUAUGGGACCCAAGCAGCGUGGACUACGAGAGCACCAGUGGAGCGCUCAUCGCUUCACAUUAUCCUAACCUUUGGAAGGAUCUCGAACGCCUCAACGAUGUUCUCUCCAUCGCCAGGAAUGUCCUCACCGCUGGUGCUCUAGUGCAAGACUUGGCUGCAGCAUACGGACUUGCCGAAGAAAUUUCACGCGUGGUCAACUGUUGUAUUCGUGUCACCGCGCGGGGCUAUGACGGCGAUGCCGGCACCGGCGACGAAGAAAAAUGGCAGUGGAUUGUCAAUGCUUACAAGAAGUUGCUCAUCACUAGUCUACAGUCUCUUAAUAAUCUCGUUGCACAAAAUGAGCGGCGCAAACUUAUGCUCUGGCUUUUUCUCUUCGACAGUCCAUCUGAGCCGGCGCUUGCGCCUGACGAUGUCCCUGAAACUUCUUGUGCGAGCCUUACCGAUGUGCCCUCUAAUCCAACAAGCAGGCCUACUCCCCCGAUUGACGACCACGACCUCUUGAUCGCUUUUGGUUUCAAUGCCUCUGAAAUCCUGGAUUUGACUGGUGCCGUACCUCUUUGGAGCGAUGAUCAGUUCAAGCAAUUCCCACCCCCUCAAGUUCCCGUUGAAGCAAGAGGGAAAUUGCAUGGUGAUGGGUAUACGCUGUUUGUGAAACGCACAAAGAAGACCACCGUCAGUGAUUACAACGUACAAUAUCAAAGAGAUCCCACGGCAGCGGAGAUUCAUCUCGAUACGCCUCGCCGCUGGGCUGAGAUUGGUGAUGCUAGUCAGAAGAGCUGGCAGUGCCUGUACGACGACACCAUGGCCAAAUUCCGUCAAGACCUCGCAGUGUUCGAAGCAAAGGCGCUCGUGAGGCCGCAGUCGGUCAAUCAAGCUGCUCGUAACGUCGUACCUGCUCUUCCUAGCGAGCAGACCCGUGCAAGAAUAGUAGCACUGGAAAUGCAACUAGCGAAUGAGUUCGCACAGAACAGUGUAAACAUUGACUCGGUGCGGUCAGCGAGAUCGCUACCUCGGGGCAGAACGGUGCAGACUGGACUUGAAAACAAGCCUCCUUACGCCGAGGACAUGAGGAUGCUAUUCACAGCGAAGUCUGGCACGAAAAUCCUGGAAUCAGGCAAAGCUGAGCUUAUGAAGAGGCUGGAAGGAUAUGACAGGCGAGCUUCAUACGACCCAAACACUCAUGGGAGCGAAGCUAAUGCCGAUGAGGAGGAUGCGGAGGAGGACGAAGAUGAUGACGACGAGGAAUACCCAGGAUCGACAGAGGAUGGUCGUGGUUUGCUGACGGAUGUACCCCUGAUACUUGGUCCCUCAGAGAUCGAAGUCUUGCCGAUGCUGAUCAUGAGUGGUAUCGCACCGUCAGCUGAGCAGGCCCCCGAGCGAAACUCAUCGGAGUGGGAAGCUCAUCUCAACAUGCAUACAGUUCGCACCCAUCUCCUCUUAUCGCAGAGCAACGGCCGCAACCUCCUACGAGAGCUUCUGAUCUUUGUCGCAGCCUGGGAUCUUCGAGAAGAGGAGCUCUAUUUUAAGUUCAUGGUCAAAAUUAUGGAGGCUAUCUUGAAAAAUGGCUUGAUGCCAUAUGCAUAUCACGCGUUCCGUGACCGGUCAAGGUCCAAAGACAUCAUCAGUCCCGCACAGGCUGUGAUCAUGAAGCUCCUGACGUGUAUAUUUCGGGCACGGGGAGAGGUUGCGAAGGCAACUGUGGCGGCUAAUGCACAAAUGAAGGCGAUCUCCCCCAAUUCUGCAGAGCCGACACCCCGAAACUCGACUCAGCAAGAUACGCCGACGCGAACGGACCUGCAUAUCUUGAACUUCAUCUUCACGGAAUUCCGUCAGCAUAUCAUCCCACAAACGUGCGCCUUGAUAUUUCUGCAGGGUCAAAUCCACGCCGGCCGGGCAAGCCCAGAAGAUUUCCCACUGAACCUUUGGGAUAUGGAACGCAUGUAUGAGGGUGUCUACCAAUACUUGGAGUUCUUCGCCGUGUUGACCGAAGAGUCUAUCUGGAAAGGCGUGUUAGGCCAAUGGGAGAUGGCAAGCGAGCUAGUCACCCUGCUGCGAGAGCUCGAGGGCGGAAUUCCAAAGCUUGGUCCUCUUGCACCUCAAGCGCCACGACGUGGCCCGCACCAAAGAGCACUCUCCGUCGAUGCCGGCAGCAGAAAUCUCACGGCCGUUGCGGCCGCUGCGGAACGAGGGUUCGGCUCCGAAUCUGCCGCCAUAAGCGUGGCCUUGCCCCCCUUGCCCGGAGCGAAUUCGGCGUUCGAGGCCGAGACGCCAUUAGUUUAUCCAGAGGAUCCGCCCUCGGAUUUCGAAUGGCGCAACCUCAAGAAAUUGACUGUCCUAGUCCUGUCAUCCUUGAUCUGGAAGAACAAAACCGUGCAGGAGCAAGUUAGACUCUAUGGUGGCCUCGAGGCCUUGCUUGGCUGUUGCAAAGUCGAUGAGAACAACCCCUACAUCCGCGAACAUGCGAUCAUGUGCCUUCGAUUCGCGGUUGAGAACUGCGAGGAGAACGCCCGGGUGAUUCGAAGAAUGGCGGCUUUGCAGGAUCAAAGGUUGUUCGAUGGGCAUGCGUCUGCAACGACUGCGUACACUGAUGUGCCCCGAGAAGUUCUGGACACCAACGGCUACGAGACAUUCAUGGAUCUUAAAGGCCAGGUGGGUUUACGCCGCAAGGAGGGUGCUCACUCGCCGGCACAAUCCGGCACGACCAGCACUACAUCAGGCGGAGCGUCGUCCAGCGCCGGUGUCACCAAGCCGCGACUCAACACCACCAAGCUGACAGCCGAAAAGGCUGCCGAGUUGAUGCAAAACGCAUUGCGCGACCUGCCGUUGGGAAACAAAAUUGUCAUUGAUCGACAAAAGACCGAUGCUCUGGCCAAGCUCGAUCGGGCAUUUGAAAGCACGGAAAAGGCGGCUGAGAAUAUCCGCAGGGCCGAACGGUGA